AUGUCCGCUCCCGUCGACACACCACCGCCAUCUAAAACCCACCUCCUCUCCACCCUCCUCUCCACCAUCGAAGAGCGCAUCAUCCCGCUGACCCAGCAAGGCGUCUCAUCAGGCUCCAAGCUCUUCGGCGCAGCAAUCCUAUCCCGCACCACGCUGCACCCCUACACAACCGCGACAAACAACGAGCGCAUCUCCCCCCUCCUCCACGGCGAAAUAAACUGCAUCCAGCAAUUCUUCACCGCCGACUUUCCCGACCCCACCACGCGGCCCGACCCUGCGCGAGACUGCAUCUUCCUCGCAACACACGAGCCGUGCAGCUUGUGUCUGAGCGGCAUCGCGUGGUCGGGAUUCAGCGAGGUCUACUUCCUCUUCUCGUACGAGGAGAGCCGGGACUUGUUCGCUAUUCCGCACGAUAUUGAGAUUUUGAGGGAGGUUUUCACGGUCCGGAGUGGGCUGGGGGAGGGUCAGGGUGGGCGCGCGCCGCUGUAUAAUAGACGUAACAAGUUUUUCCACGCGAGGUCUUUGGAUGAUGUUGCUGGUGCGAUGGAGGAGGGGGAUGAUGAUGAGAGACGGAAAUGGGUGGUGGAGAUUGACAGGGUUAAGGGUCUUUAUGGUGCUUUGAGUGACGUGUAUCAGCAGGGGAAGAUGGCGGGCGCGGAGAGUUCUAGUAUUUGGAAAUAG